AUGGGUGAGAUUAGAACGGGCCGGUUUAAACGGCGACGGAGAGAUUUCGAGGACGAUUUGGCGGAGCAAAGUAAUGUCCAGUUCCACGAGGAGGUGGAUACGUCGUCUACAGAGCAAAAAGAGCCGCUAAAGGCAGAGUUGGACGACCCUACAGAGCUCAGGCUGGGCAAUAGGAUCCGGCUUGAGAACGACGUUCCCAGGGCGAAUUUUGAGGACCUGCGUCGAAUAUCCAGACAGGAGUACCUUUCGAAACGUGAGGAGCGGCAAGUUUUGCUGUUGCAGGCGGAAUUGCAGGAUUUCGAGUGGGAGAUCGAGCAAAUUGGCUGGGACAGGCUCACCACAAAGGAACAGCAGGAGUACAAGUUCAAGAAAGAGAUCUUUUCCACGAUCCAGGAACGAUGGGAGAUUGAGCAGGACAUGGAAACCCAUUACAUGUUGCCGGACGACUAUUUCACCGAGGACGGCAAGAUAGAUAAGAAACGGAAGCAGGACACGCUGCAUUCGAAGUACAACGACACAGCGGUGGUUGACUGGGAGGCGGACCAGAUGCGCAAGGCCGUGAAGGCGGACACGCGAGUUCCUGAGAAGGAGUACGAGUUUGUGUUUGACAGCUCGCAGGCUGUGGAGUUUGUGAGCGAUCCUGUUGAUGUUGAGCGAGAGCGGUUGGAAGAACUUAUUGCCGAGGAAGAGGAGCGCAUCAAGACAAUUGACGAGACCCGGAAGUCGCUGCCCGUUUAUCAGUACCGCGAUGAGCUGAUCAAGGCCGUGCAGGAGCACCAGGUGCUGAUUGUUGUUGGAGAGACAGGGUCUGGUAAAACGACACAGCUGCCGCAGUACUUGCACGAGGCCGGGUUCACCAAGGACGGCAAGAAGAUCGGGUGCACGCAGCCGCGUCGUGUGGCCGCGAUGUCUGUUGCCACACGUGUGGCGGACGAGAUAGGAACGGCCGUUGGUGACAAGGUCGGGUACACCAUCCGGUUUGAGGACAGAACAAGCGAGCGCACUAUUCUCAAGUACAUGACGGAUGGUAUGUUAUUACGGGAGUUUCUCACGGACCCGGAGCUGCUGUCGUACUCGGCAAUAAUGAUCGACGAGGCGCACGAACGAACGCUGUCUACAGACGUGCUACUUGGUCUGUUGAAGGACAUUGUUGCGUAUCGUCCGGACUUUAAGCUUUUGAUCUCGUCUGCCACGAUGAAUGCGCAGAAAUUUAGCGAUUUCUUCGACGGCGCGCCCAUCUUCAACAUCCCAGGCAGACGGUACCCUGUGGACAUCUUCUACACGAGCCAGCCCGAGGCGAACUGUCUACACGCGGCGAUCACGACAGUGUUCCAGAUCCAUCUGCAACAGGACCCUGGCGACAUUCUGGUUUUCUUGACCGGUCAGGACGAGAUCGAGAGCAUGGCUGAUAAUUUGGCAGAGACGUGUUUAAAGCUGGGCGACCAGAUCCCCGAACUGGUGAUCUGUCCGAUCUACGCAAACCUACCGUCAGACCAGCAGCGGUUGAUUUUUGAGCCGACUCCUGAAGGAGCACGGAAAGUGGUGCUGGCUACCAAUAUUGCCGAGACCUCAUUGACGAUCGACGGGAUCGUUUACGUGGUGGACACCGGGUUUGUCAAGGAGAACGUGUUCAACCCGAGCACCGGGAUGGAGAGCCUGGAGGUGAAGCCGUGCUCGAAAGCGUCUGCGGAUCAGCGUGCGGGCAGAGCCGGUCGUCUUGGCCCGGGCAAGUGCUACCGGCUGUACACGAAAUGGGCGUACCUGAACGAGCUGGCUGCAAACCCGACGCCGGAGAUUCUGCGCAGCAGUCUGGCGAGCGUUGUGCUGCUGCUGUUGUCGCUGGGGAUCACCGACCUGCUGAACUUCGACUUUAUCGACAAGCCUGCGCCGGACACGCUUAUCAAGGCCCUGGAGCUGAUCUACGCUCUGGGCGGUCUGAACGAGAACGGCGAGCUGACCAAGGUGGGCCGUCGGAUGGCCGAGUUUCCCACGGAGCCGAUGAUGGCCAAGACUCUUCUCACGAGCAGCGAGCUGCACUGCUGCCAGGCUGUUCUGUCGGUGGUUGCAAUGUUGCAGGAGGCAGGCUCGAUUUUCUACCGGCCGCGCGAGCGCAAGGAGCAGGCCGACAAGGCGCGGCAGCAGUUCGUGCAGACGUUGGGCGGCGACCAUCUGACGCUGCUGGACGUGUGGACCAAGUUCGUGGAGAACGGGCAUUCUGUGCAGUGGUGUCGCGACAACUACGUGCAGUACAAGUCGCUGCUGCGUGUGCGCAGCAUCAGAGAGCAGCUGGAACGGAUGUGCGAGCGAAUGGGUCUGCUGGACAACGAGACCGAUCUGGAGCACGACCGGCUGGUGGUGGGCGUGAUGAAGAGCGUGGUGGCCGGGUUCUUCGUCAACGCGGCGCAACUGAGCAAAACAGGCGAUGCGUACCGUACCAUGAAAAAAAACCAGGCUGUGUGGAUCCAUCCGUCGUCGGUGCUGUUUGGACUCAAGCCGCCGCCCAAGCUGCUGAUCUACAACGAGCUCGUUCUCACCAGCAAGGAGUUCAUGCGCACGUGCAUCCCCGUUCACGAGAAAUGGCUGCGUGAAUACGCCCCCCACUACUACAGUGACAAAUAG